AUGCCUCUGGGACUAGCAGAAUGGACGUGGGACGAGCAGAACACGAAAAACAUGGUGUUGAAGACGUCCGAUUUGCCCUACAUAGAGCAGACGACGUGCAAGCUAUGGCCAAAGCGCCUGCCGUCGCCUCCCUCCACCCCGUUCGCCUCCGGCAGCACCAAGAAGAAGACCACCCACUACGACAACUUCGUUGACGAUUUCUUAGCCGCCUUGGCUACGCCGGUCCUCGUUCCUCGCACCGGCUGCGUCGCUGCCGCGUUCCGCAACACUCUCAACAACAUGUCCGCGGUCUGCGAAUCACCGUUUUUCUUGGCCUUCUUGCCCGGCAACAAGUCCACAGUUGCUUGCGCCACUUUCACCUGGGACCCAUCCUUCUCCAGCGGCCACCCCACGUGUCCCGCCAUCUACUGCAGCACUCGUGAGGAAGCAUUCUCGCAAGCCCGCCGAUUUUGCAUCUCAUCACGUGUGGCAGGGGCUGUCUCCCUCCACGAUUUGGAGGAGCGCUGCCUCGAGGCCAUCGGCCAACAUGUGAAGACGAUUCCUGUCGACAGCGCCCUCAACGACCUCACUAUGGCAUGCAAUGGCAACCUUCGACUUGUCAUCCGCCACGACUCCAGCGAACGCCCCUUCACCUUUGAUCCUUUGACGAUGCGCCCGAUCGUUCACGAUGACCCCACUGAGCUUGUCCCCGCUCCCGAGCUUGUGUCGCUCGACCCCAAGGCCCUUGGCAAGGUGCGCCUGCUGAGGAGUGGUUUUGGCAUCGACUUCCCCGAGGUCGACAACCCUCUCCCUGUGGAGCCGUACACCGUGAGACUCGCCCUCGCCUCUCCACUCUGUGACUGUCUCCGCCGCGAUGACGGCGAGGUCGACCAAACCAGUGUCGCCAACUUCCUGGACGCCAACAAGACCCUCUUGUUGUCGCACUUCUCCAAUGCCUGGGUGCGCUUCGACCUCCCCCCCAGCAGUCCCUCCGUCCAGAUGGGCAAACCCCCAGGUUUCGCAACUGAUCAACUGAUUCCGUCCGCGACCGGGUUUCGAUCUCUUGCUCAAAUCGAGCGCGGCGAGCUUUACUGCAAGAACCGAUUCUACGACCCCAAGCGUGUUUCCUUCAUCCAGCUCCGCGGCGACAUUUGCGCCCUCAACUGCAAGCUUCCUGGCUUGUCGUGGACGACGACUCGGACCCACAGAGUCGCAUCAAGUACGGGGUCGAAAUCCACUCGGCCAAGCCCGACAAUGACGAGCAGGAGUGGCACCAACUCCAGUUCGAUGGUACUCCUGAUUCUCCGCAACGAUCACGAUGUGCUUUCACCCAAGGCGGACGGGGUCGAAACGGGUGGAGACGGAGAUGAGAAUGGAACCAAGUCUGACGGCCAGGGCGCAAGGUCCAGCCGCUCGACCAGUAUUAGUGACAUCCGCCAACAACCCUACACACCUAUGUCGAUCGGUCUUUGGAAGAAGCGCUCCCACGUCGCCAACCCUCAGCAAUCAGCGCGCUUCCUGUCGCCGAGUCCUCAUGGCGAUACGCCCCAUAGGUGCAUGGGUCAGACCGGUGAACGCACCAACGAGAUCCGCAAGAUUCCAUGCACACGAGGGGCUGGGCUGGCCAGCAGCACGUCCACGCACGGUGUACAAGUCCUCCCAGGCAAGCUCGAUUCGACGCGCCGCCGCCUUCAAGUCGUCGGACGGGUCGAGGAAGGGGGUGUAGGUGGUACGCACCUCCAACCCAGCGUAUGUACCAUGACCUCUACACUCUUUACCUUGCACCGCCGCGAACAUGAGCGUGCUUCUGGCGCCGCCGUCUCCGACACACCUCCGACACAGACCUUCCCCUUGGCAUAA